AGCCAACCGCGCGGCCGCUUGUUGAGCCCGGGCUCCGCCGUCUCCAUGACGCCCGGCAAACAUUCCGGCGCUUCAGCGGCGGCCGCUAACGCCCGGGGUUGGGGCAGGGACUCCAGGAGCCGGCGGGGAAAGGGGUGGUCGACCACUCCCCAACCCGUCGCCACCAUGCCCGGCACUCCGGGAGACAACUACAGGAAGCCGAGCGGCGGAUCGAACUUAGCCUUACAGCAAAGGAAGUCUCUUACUGGCUUUUCUAGCCCAGUAAAAGGAGCUCAAACAAAAGGAUAUCUUGGUAUGACCCCAAGCAGAAUGGCUUUAACAAAAAUCAUGUCGGCGCUACCAGAGAUGAAAACAGAUAAAAUGACUACCACAAAGGCAGCCAUACAGGUGUUCGAUGUAAAUGGAGUUGAUGUUACUCCUCGACCUCUUUACCGUCCAGAUCCACAUACUGGUACACCAAAGCCAAAUAAACUAUUGACAUCACGAGAAGGAUCAUUGUCAUCAGAAUAUGUAGCUUCCCACAGCCUUUAUCAAAAUACACUAAAUCCCAGUAUGUUAGGGCAGUUUUCAAGGUCAGUUUUAGGAAGCAGUACAGUUUCUAAGUCAAGUCUAUCAACUACUGAGUCAAUAGCAGAAGACCUAGAAGAAACAGCCUAUAAACGGGAAGGACUCGCUAGUAUUACAGAGUUACAAGCUCCAAAGAAAACAACUAGAAAAGCUAUAACAAAAGAAGACCUAAAGAAGACUAUAGACAUACUACUCACAGAGACAGAAACAAUAACAUUAUUUAACCUACCAACAGUCAUGAUUUCUGUAGAAGCUGAAGAAGCUGACAAAAUACUCCAGAGAAACAAGAAUUAUGAGAACCUUUGUAAAAAUAGAUUAGGCAAUGACUUAUAUGUUGAAAGAAUGAUGCAGACUAUUAAUGGAGCACCAAAGAAUAAAGAUGUUCAAUGUGACAGAAUUAUAAAGGAAAACAAAGGCAUAAUGUCUACUGCUUGGGAUUUGUAUGAUUCUUAUAAUGCUCUGGAGCUUGCAUCUUUACCAAUAAAACAAUCUAUAAUUGACUCAAGCAGUAGAGCAAGUGUAAAACGAUCUGUAAUUGAUUCAAGCAGUAGAGCCAGUGUACCUUCUAAAGAUCAGGACCGAAGAGGGCCAGGAAGUACUACAGAAAAAAAUAGUGAAGCUAGUUCUAUAAUGGAAAUAGAAAAUGCAAUUCUGGCUAAAAAGCACGAUGAAGAAGUAGACCACUCAGAAGCAAUAUUCAAAUCUGAAAAGUUUCAUCAGGACUUAUUUUUUAUGGAACGAGUUCUAAUGGAAAACGUAUUUCAGCCCAAACUUGCAGCUUAUCGUCAGCUUCCUAUUUUAAAAGAACCACAACCUGAAGAGCCUAAAGACCUUCCAGAAGGUAAAAAACUUGAACAGGUAGAAGAAGAGAUUAAGAAGGAAGAGGAAGAAGAAAUAGAAAUAGGUGAAGAACAAUCAACAAUACCAGCCAAUUUGGAACGACUUUGGUCCUUUUCCUGUGACUUAACCAAAGGCCUUAAUGUGAGCAGCCUUGCCUGGAAUAAAACUAAUCCAGACCUUUUGGCUGUUGGCUAUGGGCAUUUUGGAUUUAAAGAGCAAAAAAAAGGAUUGGCUUGCUGCUGGUCAAUAAAGAAUCCCAUGUGGCCAGAACGUAUUUAUCAGAGUCCAUAUGGAGUUACUGCUGUGGAUUUUUCAAUUGGAGCACCUAACCUUUUAGCGGUUGGCUAUCACAAUGGCACCAUUGCAGUUUAUAAUGUACAGAGCAACAUUAAUGUUCCAGUUCUGGAUAGCAGUGAAUCACCUCAAAAACAUUUGGAACCUAUAUGGCAACUACAGUGGAUAGAACAAGAUCGAGGAACAACAGGUGAUGACAAGAGAGAAAUACUAGUUUCUAUAUCAGCAGAUGGAAGAAUCGCCAAAUGGGUUAUACGCAAAGGACUGGACUGUCAUGAUUUGAUGCGUUUGAAGCGAACUACUGCCAGCAGCAGCAAAAAAGGAGGAGAAAAGGAAAAGAAAGGUGAAGCUUUGAUAUCUCGUCAAGCUCCUGGGAUGUGUUUUGCUUUUCAUCCCAAGGACACAAAUAUCUAUUUGGCUGGCACUGAAGAAGGUCAUAUUCACAAAUGUUCUUGUUCAUACAAUGAACAAUACCUAGAUACCUACAGAGGACAUAAGGGUCCAGUGUAUAAAAUAGCAUGGAAUCCGUUCUGUCAUGAUGUGUUCUUAAGCUGUUCUGCAGAUUGGGGCGUUAUUAUAUGGCAACAGGAAAAUAACAAGCCUUUUUUGAGUUUUUAUCCAACUACUUAUGUUGUUUAUGAUGUUGCCUGGUCCCCGAAAUCAUCCUAUAUAUUUGCAGCUGCAAAUGAGAACAGAGUGGAGAUUUGGGACCUUCACAUCAGCACUUUGGAUCCUCUAAUUGUGAAUGUUGCUAACCCUGGAAUCAAGUUCACAACUGUUCUCUUCGCUAAACAAACAGAUUGCCUUCUAGUGGGAGACAGUGAUGGACAGGUUGCUGUGUAUGAACUGAGAAAUAUGCCUACCGCUUUGACUUCUAGCCGGAGAGAUGUGAUAGAUAGUUUGCUUGGACCAAGGUCAAAUCAACCAGGAUAAAUUGUCAUUACUGAUAUCCUUUCUAGUUAAUUUUUUUUAAAGGAACAAUGUUUAAUAUCUAAUAGUCUGUUUGGAUGCAGUAAGCUGGGAUUUUGAUUUUAGAAAACAAUAUUUAAUGUAUAACUUCUAUUUGAACUUAAUAAAAAUUUAAUCAACCUUUA